GAAGUGUGAUUGACUUGGAGUUACAUUGUGUUGUUUAAGUGUUCCCUUAAUUUUUUUGAGCAGUGUAUAAUGUACAAGUUAGUCUUGUUUCCAGUCUGACAAGCUUGAUUGAAUGCAUGAAACUAGUAAAUAGUGUACCCAGCUCAUUGGUCAGGGAACCUACACCGUUUACACACCAUAGAGUGCAAGAGGAUGCGGUGGUAUCGUGCCAAUAUAUUCGAGCUAUUUUAAAAGAAAAUCACCUGGAAUAGCCAACAAGGCAAUUGAUAGUGUAAUAAUAAUAUACACAAUAAUGCAAAAAUGUAAUGUAAUGGUUUUUAUGAUUAAAGAUAAACAAAAUGUCGAGCUUUAUCGAAAAGGGACACCCCUUCAUACGAGGCUUGAUGGUUUAUCCCGGAAGCAUGUUCCUGUGUUUAGGGAAAUAAACGUUGACUUGUUUAGCUAUUCGGCCAACAUCGCGCGACCGCCCUACCUUCACUUAUCACCGAAAAUAUUACGAAAGCAAACAAGUUAUUCUCGUUUUUAAAUCACAAGCAAUUCAUAUGGAUUUUAUUUUAAAAUAUCGUGAAUAGCUGAUUCAUGACGUUCUCGGUUUGUAGUUUGUAGACUGUCCGCAAACUCGUGCUUCCCGAGGAGGUUCUUCUUUACACUUCAUAGAGCUUGACAUUGUCAGAACAGAACGUUUGACUGGGAAAGGGUUGAGUUGCAUCAGUGGCAGCAGCUUUAGUGGAGACAAUGUCUGACUCUAUUAUUUUAGCUCUGAUAGUGUUUCUUAUAUUGUGUUUGGUUGUAACAGUGGUGGCAGCUAUUGUGUACUCUGGGCUCUUCACUGAGGUCAAUAUCAAGACAGGGUCGCCUCCUAUCAAAAACUUUACCAUUGCCUACAAACUUCACAAGGGACCUUAUAAAGACUGUGGUGCUGCCUUCACCGAGACUGUCAGUAUUGGGCCAAAGCUCAAUACCAUCCGUGUGUCCUACGAUGACUCCACAGAGGUGCCUGAUGACCAGUGUCGCUACAUCGUGGGCAGUAUCCUGAGCGAGGGAGAGGAGCAGCCUGACGAGGAGCUCCAGAAGCUGUAUGAAAAGUUUGGCUUUAAGGUGCUGUCCCUUCCUGAGGUGUCCCUGGCUGUGACCACCACCUUCCCCUCCACCACCCCCCUGUCCCACUGGCUGGCAUCCUACAAAGUCUACCCUGAGCUCCACAACUACAUCAUGCAGAGGCAACUCCAUGCCUGGCCAUUCAUUGAGAUCAAUACAGGGGACCUGACCCACUACAUGGCUCCGCUGUCCUCCCAGAGUGGCUUCCACCACACUGGCUUCGUUGUGCCCGAGCUCAUCACACCGACAGCAGCCAAGACACCGGUGACAGAGGAGUCCUUGGACCAGGACAGAGGGACAGAUAUUGCAGGUGCAAAGACCCACUGUGAUGUCAGCAGCACUCUGAGCGGCCAGGUGCAGUCAGAGAACACAGAGACGUCUCAGGCCCCCUCCCUGCCCCCCUCACUGCCCCACAGGGACCAGGGGGACGGGGAAGAGCAGGGGCAGGCCGAGGAACACAUCAACGAUAAACACGGGGACAGGGGCUCCAGCGAGUCAGUGGGCAGCGGCUCCUCCUUUGAGGAACUGGACUUGGUGGAGGAGAUGGUGGAGGAGCUGGAGAGAGAGUUGGGGAUGGAGGGAAGGGAGGAGGAAGGCCUCACGGUGGAGGAAGGGGCCAAGGAAGCCCCAUGAGAGGCUUUAGCUGAGGAGAGGGAGCCCAUGGGGGAUGGAGAGGAGUAGAAGAGGGGGAGAUAAAGGGAUGGAUGGAGGUAAAGGGAUGAAUGGAGGUAACUCCUCUGGGUUGAGAUUUCUUCAGCGAAUCUUAGUUGUCUUUUAUGUCAACUUUUAUUUCUGUAGCCAUACAAUUUAUCAUGACAGACAUGCCAUCUAUUUCUGGACCUCUGUACUUUCCUGUACCUAAGACUGUAAUUUCUGUGUUGCGAGAUUAUGACAAAACUCUUCUUUUUUUUGUGAAACAUAUCAAUAGCAACAGUUCUUCCUUUUUUCAAAGAUUUCUUAAUUUUAAAAAGGGUUUAUCAAUAUUAAACAGAUAUAACUAUUGUAGGAUAUGAUACAUUCACCAGUAGAAAAUGAUACACUCUUUGUGGACAGAAAUAUUGUUACAAUGUACUUGUGGGACUGAUGAAAGUCAACCUUCCUUUUGAUUGAAGUAUUUAAAUGUUAAUAACAUUGUGUACGAUCGAUUUAAUCAUCUCUCAUCAUAGUAGACACACAUUUUAUAUAAGAUGGACAACAAUGAUAUAUAAUCAAAUAUAUAUAUAGUAUAAGAUUAACAAACAUAUGAAGGAAUCAAAGGCAUCUAGUUGUGAAUGAUUUGUAAUUGUAUCUACCAACAUAUUGUGACAAUUGAGAUGCUACCUACUUGCAAUGGGUUACAAUGUUUCCAGAAUACUGUUAUGAUGCCUUUUCACACAAUUUGGUGACCAGAAAGUCCAGAGCAUGUACUGUACAAGAGGGUAUCUAAAGCAAUAUCUGCCUCCGUUCAUUUUUACAUGAAUAACAACCUUACAAGGUCAUUUUGCUUUUGCCCUCAAUUUGAAAUAGGUUUGACACCUGGGAAACUCUGAGAACUGGGGCAGGGCUUAAACAGAGUGGUGUACACUAAUCCAUAGAACUGCAAGAAUAGGGGCUUUAGGUGAAAGUCAGUUCAGACUCAUAAAGUCAUCAAGGGCUAGUAUUUACAAUUCACCUCUGAGAUGGAAGUACUCUAUUUUUAUUCAUCUGGUAGACUUAUGUUAUCUAACAGUUUAACCAUAUAGCCAAUCAAAAUAAAAUAUUUUAAAUCUUCACCUUUCAGAUGAUCUGUUACUUUGGCCUAGGUGUUUCCAGUCUAGAAACUUGUUCAACUACUCUGGUCUGUCAUGUGUACCAAUAUAAUCUUUAGCCUUUGACUUGAAUCCGGGACACACUGGGUUAUUCACUUCUUUUAAGUAUUAUAACAACUUCCUAUAUGGCAUGUUGAUAAUCCUAUGAUAUAGACAUGGGGCUCACUCCAUUUGUUUUUGUCACAUGUUCUUCUGUUGGGUCUCUUGUCUUGUGCUUUGAGACACAUGGGGAUAAUGUACAAUGCCAUGGGGGUGUCUUUCUGUCUGGAAUAAACGUGUUUAAUUGCAAAUGUUAA